UGUUUGCAGGCAGUGAAAAUGACAGUGACCUAUAACUCUGACAAGCAAGUCUACAAUGGACAUGAACUUUUUCCUUCUGCUGUUACAAACAAACCUAAGGUUGAAGUUCAUGGGGGUGACAUGAGAUCAUUCUUCACUUUGGUCAUGACUGAUCCUGAUGUUCCUGGACCUAGUGAUCCUUAUCUGAGAGAGCACUUGCACUGGGUUGUUACCGAUAUCCCGGGGACGACCGAUGUAUCAUUUGGAAAAGAGAUAAUCGGGUACGAGAUGCCUCGGCCAAAUAUAGGGAUCCACCGCUUUGUGUAUUUGUUGUUCAAACAGAACCGUAGAGGAAGUGUGGUGUCUGUGCCAUCGUACAGGGACCAAUUCAACACUCGAGAAUUUGCGCAUGAGAACGAUCUCGGCCUUCCCGUCGCGGCGGUUUUCUUCAACUGCCAGCGUGAGACCGCCGCUAGACGUCGUUGAUGAAUGACUUCCACCGCUGCUCUAACUAAUUCUGGCUGUGCCCGGACAAUAUGUGUUGUUCCAUGCAUUCUAUAGUUUAGUUACGAGGAGCAGCUUUUCCUAUCGUAUUUAUGUGUGUAUUUGUAUAUGAACUGUUUGUGAUCUGAAUAAACUUGGCUUAUAAUCCCAUGGUCUAUUUUCAUAUUAAUGGAUGUUUGUUUUUUAAAUAUUUUCAAUGUAAUUAUAACUGAUAUUUCUAUAUUAUCAAAUUUUUUA